CGGUGCCGCGCGGGGCGUGCCGGUCGUUUCCGUCUCACCGGAAGUGCGCAAUCGUCCCGCGACCGCAGGAGGGGCCGCCGCCGCCGCCAUGGUGCAACUCGGUAGCCGCCUUCUGAAGAGCUAUCGAGGCGGACACGUCGUGAUCCGUUUCGCCCUCGGCGGCUGCACCAACCGGCCCUUCUACCGCAUCGUAGCGGCGCACAGCAAACGCGCCCGGGACGGGAAGUACCUGGAGCAGCUCGGCUGCCUCGACCCGCUGCCCAACGCCCACGGCGAGAAGGUGGCGGGGCUCAACCUGGAGCGCCUGCGGCACUGGCUGGGCUGCGGCGCGCAGCUGUCGCGGCCUGCCGAGAAGCUCCUGGGCCUGGCGGGGUUUUUGCCGCUUCAUCCCAUGACGAUAACCAACGCCGAGAGGCUCCGGCGGCGACGGCGACCAGCGCAGGAGUCCGUUGUGCCCCCUGCUGAGGGCGGCUCGCAGGAGCCCGGAGCUCCGGUCUGAGAGGCGGCGCGCAGCCCCGUGUGCGCAAGGGAAGGAGCGACAAACAUAACCAUCAAAUAUAACAGAAUAUCCCAAGUUGGAAGAAACCCACAAGGAUCCUUCAGUCCAACCCCUGGCUCUGCACAGCACCACCUGAAAUUCAAACAUUAUAUCUGAGAGCACUGUCCAAAUGCUUCUUGAACUCCGUCAGUUGGGCUGUGACCACUGCUCUGAGGAGCCUUUUCCAGUGCUGGAAAAUACAAUGAUAUAUACAUAUUGACAUAUAGCUUGAUAAAUACAUUGCUUUUUUUUUUUUUUCAUUCUUUUGUUUUACUCUCUUUAAAUAUCCGUGUUUGCAACAAAAUCAUCUGAAAUCCCAGCUGUGUAGAAAAGGAAAGCAUUCACAAUCCACUCAGUGCAACAAUACUGUCUACAAAACUUAGGAGGAGAAAACAUUUUGAGAACACCCCUUCAGUAGGAACAAAACGAUCAUUUUUGAGUUUAUAAGUUUGCUAAGACAAAGAAUUAAAAGAUUACACAGCAGACCAAAAAAUUUCCACAGUCGUCUCUUUAGAUUGUUGGAAAUCAGAUGCUCAGAAGUGCCAAAUGUGCUGCUCAUACACCAGGUCCAGUUUCAUCCCAAACGUUUUUAGAGAUAAGAUAUCCCAUAAUGAAUUCUGCAUGACACAGGUAUUCCUGCAGGUGUGACAGUGAGCCAUGCUUUCUAAACCAGAACAGAUGGGAUCAAGAUGAACAGUCAUCAAUCUGACACUCGUUUGUCUCUGAAUGCUUGGCUUCAUAACUUCAGAAGUGUUCCUCCAGGGAAGUAAAUACCAAAGAGCACAGAACUUAUCACAAAAAAAAGUGGAGAACUGAUAAUAAAAAUGAAAGGUUCUUACACACUGUACAUUAUUUUAAGCACUACAGUGCACCACAACAGCUAAAGAUUAUGCAAGUUAUUUCAUCUUGAUAUUGCACAUCACACAAAAAUAAACUUAGGUGAACAGUCAAAAAAACUGAAAAAUGAAUGGACUUCCAGAAAAAACGCUGCUUCUGUCCUACUAGAUAAGAAUAAAAAGAGCCUCUAAAGGGAUGCCUGCACAGUAUUCCUAAGCACUAGAAUACCCUUCACCCAUGGGAAACCUUUGCACCCUACUGGAAUAUGAACACAGACUGACAAGAAUCCUAUAAAUGGUUCUAGCUUACAUGUUUUCAUUUUUAUUCUUCAGUAUAAAGACUCUAGCGAUUACCUGCAAAUUGUGUAAGAUCUCAGGCAUUUAAUUAUUCUGGCUAUGGAAGGUAGUAAGAGUUUCCACAGGUAACAGAACACCAGUCCAAGUAAUAAGUCUUAGUAGUUUCACAGAGGUAUGCAGGUGUAGCUCUAGCUGACAAAUCACUACUUACUAAGCAGAUUUUAAGACAUCAGGAGGUACAACUGUAUGAAACAUAAGGAUGAUGUGCCAGUGGCUUCUGGCUUUCACAUAAAUGAGUUCUCUUAUAUUCUUAACCUAAUUGUAAGAAUAAACUUCUACCCAAGGAAA